GACAACACCUUUUGGAUCCUUUUUGUGGUACAGGCUGGACUCAGAUCCGUUGAAGCUCUGGAGAUAUGGCAGAACAACCAGAAGAUCUGAAUUUGCCUGCAUCUGUAGUCAACAAGAUAAUUAAAGAAUCUCUCCCUGAUGGUGUAAUAGUGAGCAAGGAUGCUAAGAUUGCUGUGGGUCGGGCUGCUUCUGUUUUUGUCCUUUAUGCAGCCACAAGUGCAAACCAAGUUGUCACAUCUCAGAAGAGGAAGACAAUGACAGGUCAGGAUGUCCUGAAAGCUAUGGAUACCAUGGGAUUCCCAGAAUUCAUCAAUCCUCUAAAAGAAUAUUUUGAAGUCUUCAAGAAAGGAAAAGAGAGGAAGAAGGAGGAUGCAGCAAGGAAGAAAAGAGCCAAGGAAUUGGAGAAGGAGAGUCAGGAGACAGAGGAAAGAGCCUUCUCCCCUCCUUUGGAGGCAUCUCCCAAGUCUUCACCAAAGAAGUCCUCUCCCAUAAAGAAAUCACCUAGGAAAUCUGUUCAAAAUUCACCAAAGAAACGGAGUCCCUCAAAGUCUCCUUCCAAGGCAUCUGCAACAGCUUCUGCCAUGGAAACUGACUGAGUUGUUGAGGUGUGAAGUGUUUAACACUCUGUCUAGACUUUUUAUCAUUCCCAGGUGUUUUACAACUCUUUGUGUGAAUGCAUUAGUUUGUAUUCAUUCUCAGGGUGUGAACUUCAGUUUUGAAGCAUUAAAGCAACAUGCGUGAAUUUUUAUGCUCUGAAACUGAGGCUGUCUAUUUGAAUGAAGGAAACUACCAC